CACGCGACAGUUUACGGCCGGCUGCCGAGGCGAAAGGUUCUUUCAUCUUGCGCCGCGCUCCUCGAGACGCGGCCACGCUGAUAAAACACUUGCGAAAAACAGUGCCCGAGCCUCGGCUCUCUUCGUGACUCGUAACCCCGGAGGAAUCGCGUGACGACUGUCUCACCGAAUCCGCUACUCGCAUUGUCACCUAAAUCGCUUCGUGUGUGACGAAGCCCCUCGCAGUGGAAGAAAACCGCUCAAAUAUCCCCGGCAAUGUAACUUCAUCGUGCUCGAUAAACACGGAAUAAUCAAAGAGAAAACCUCUCGACGUGCACUAACAUCAGUGAAUUCUCUUUGACCCUGAUCGUGAACGGUUUUUGUGAAUUGUGAGUGAUAAGAACGCUCGUCAAAAUUGCUCCCAACCAGAAAGUCGCUGCCACUGCUGCUGCUGCACAUGGCCCCAGCUCGUUCACAGAACGCGGUGUAGUCAAGAUCACGAUGACGAUGGAUGUGAGCAAAUCGGAGACUAGCAAAAAUGGCUCCGGGCAGCAGGAGUGCGCUGGAUGUGGCAAAAUCAUCACUGAAAGGUAUCUCCUCAAAGCGUUGGACGCUUUCUGGCACGAAGACUGUCUAAAGUGCGGGUGUUGCGACUGCCGGUUAGGGGAGGUCGGCUCCACCCUGUACACAAAAGCGAAUUUAAUACUGUGCAAGAGGGACUAUUUGAGGCUGUUCGGUAACACGGGAUAUUGUGCGGCGUGCAGCAAAGUAAUACCUGCCUUCGAGAUGGUCAUGAGAGCAAGGGCGAACGUCUACCAUCUCGAGUGUUUCGCGUGUCAGCAGUGCAGCCAUCGGUUUUGCGUCGGGGACCGUUUCUACCUUUGCGAGAACAAGAUUCUGUGCGAAUACGACUACGAGGAGAGGCUCGUAUUCGCGAACAUGGCCCUUAAUGCACCAGCGUCGCUUGCUCACAUAAAGAGACAGCUACCGCCGACACCGACGCCACCCGGUGGCACAGCCACCGCCGGUGGAGGAGGACCGCCCAAUUUAUCGCAGCAGCAUCACGCUCAUAAUCAGAUUCAACAUCAGGGGCAGUUACAGUCGCAGGCUAUCAAUCAGCAAAUGGGCCAACACAAUCACUUAUCGAACGGUCAAAUAUCCGGAGGGACGCCAACGGUGAACGGCAACAUGGGGCCGCGGGGAGGUCCCGGUGACAUGAACAACAACGGGCUAGCGGGACCUGGGAUCGGGCCGGUGAAACCGCCGCCGAUGUCGAUGCCAGCGCCGACGAGCUGAGACGAGGCCCCGCCACCUAUGAAGAAGUUACGUUGUCUGGACGGUUAUUGAAGAAACGUCAGUUUUUUAAGUACCGGGACGAUUGAAUAGGUGGGAAAAGAUGGUGACAAAAAAGAUUAAUUUGAGGGGGACGAUCGAGACGAAAAGGUGCUUCGAAGGGUAAAACGACGAAAACGAGAGACUUCGGGGUAGGAAGCCGAAGAGAAAAGCGCAAAAAAUUCAUAAACAAAUAAAUAAAGAAAGGAGAAGAAGAUAAAUAAAAUAAAAUAAAAUAAAAUCACUGUGAUUACGUGGGGAAUCGGACAAAGUGACAAUUACAACGCGUACGUAUAGGCCAGAGAUAAAUCUGUAUAAACAGGAGGUUGACGAAUUAACUGUAACCAUCAAAUGGCUUUAUGUAAGAUAUAUUUAUAGUUUAACGACGAUUUCGAGUCGACGUACCAGACGAAUUGUAAAUACAAUUGGUUUAAGGAGAUAAAAGGUUUAACGAUAAACACAAAAGUCGUCGAGAUGAACGAAGCGAAUGAAAGAAAGAUAUUAAAAGCGUGUGCGACUGUUGUGAGAGCGAGUGAAGAAUCUGAGCGCGAAUGUACGAGUGGAUCGCGAGUGCGUAUGAAAGUGCGAGCUUAGAACGCAUAGUCGGUUCCAUACAGCUCAUACCAAAGACAUAAAAUGUAAGAUAAAGAAGAUCGUCGGAGCGCAGCAUCCGGCGUCAAUAUUCCUAUUUGUUUCGCCUUCAUUUAUCAUUAAUUAUCACGUUGAUUUAUACACAAUCGUAAUAAGCCAUUUCGUUGGAUCCUCCACCCUCGUCGUUCGAAUUCUCCUCGUCGUUCUUCCAUUCGAAAACUUUACGAUACCAAAUCAACAGCUUUAUCUUACCAUACCAAAAAAUGCGCGAAAAACCAGCUAAUUAAUAUAUGAAACGACUUGAAGGGAGCACGUCGCUUACCAAAAUACGAAGAAUGGAUUGUACCGCGAGCGAGGCGAGCGACCUACGACCCCGAGGGUUGCACACGAGCGAGCACAUUUACAGUACAUGACUCCGAGUAUGAUCGAGUACAAAAAGCGAUUUAUGUAUAAAGAAAACGAUAAAAAAAACAACUGCGAAGAAUACUGAAGAGAGUGAGAGUGAGGGAGUCGGAGGUGCGAAGUUUGUGUUGAAAUUGUGGGAGAGAGCGAGAGAGAGAGAGAGAGAGAGAGAGAGCGAGACCGAGAAAAAGGAUAUUAUUGUUGUACGUUUAUUUAGUUUUUGAUAGCGAGGUGUAACGAAUAAAUGUAACGCCUUCGCAGCACUCUUUGUUAAUAAUCAUUGUACAUAAAGUCAUUUAUUAGCGCACUAUUAAUAACUAAAUAUUGGCGAUCGCGAUAGGGAUUCUCCAUAACUACCGGAAGAGAUGAAAAAAGGCGAAAAUAUACAUUCUUAUUAAUAACGAA